AUGCGCACAGGCACACACAUGGUUGUGCUUGCAUGCGCACGCACGAAGCUGACUCACUCUCUACUUGACUUUCAAUGCAUACUCUCGCACAUGCGCACAGGCACACACAUGGUUGUGCUUGCACGCAAGGCCGACUCGCUCUGCUUCGCUCUGGAUGCCAAUGGUGAGGGACGCAUAACAGCUGCUGACGUGGCCAGGCUGGCAGCAGUGCACUCUUUCCUGUGGAGCGAGCAGCAGGUGGAGGACAUGGUCACGCUCUUCAGCCAAUCACAGGGCAACGGUAUGGGAAUGCUAGAUUUUCGGCACGUUUUAUCGCAAUGUGGACGUCUUUAG